GGUACCGUCCGAUUUUGUGGACCUACUAGUUUUCAGACAGGAAAAUGGGUAGGAAUAGAAUUGGACGAAGCAGUCGGUAAAAAUAGUGGAGUAGUGCAAGGGAAGCGAUAUUUUGACUGUAAAGUAAAUCAUGGCGUAUUUGUAAGACCAACAAAUGUCAAAUUA